CUGUCUUACAUUGUGCCAGUGAAACCUGGAUUGGAAGUUACUGAAUAAACCAAAAUGGUCCUAGUGUUCCCCAAAAUUUCCCUGAAGCCAGAGGUGGAGGCAUAUCUCCUAAGUGUCUUUAAAAAUAAAGAGGUUUUGGCAACUUUACAAUCUGAACAGUCCAAGUUUAAAUUUGAAACUCUAUUGAGCCGUUUAUCGCAUCCUCCAGCUUGCACAUGCAUCAGGGUCAAUACUUGUGCAGCCUCCACUGAUGAAGUUAAAAAGCUGUUGACAGAAGAGAUCCAGAAGCAGUGUAAAGGAUGGCCUAUGAGUGAUAUUCCUGUACUGGAACAUCCAGAGCUUCCAGAUGUUCUUCUAAUACCAGUUAUUGGUCCUAGGAUAAAUCUGCAGAGGCAUUCUAUUGAAGUGAUUGUGGGAGCACAGUGUGGGAAUGCUGUACUUCGUGGAGCACAUGUUUUUAUUCCUGGCAUCCUGUCAGCUCCAAAAUUAAUGAAAGCUGGAGGUGCUGUUUCUGUAUAUUCCGAUAUUGGUGGCAAAUGUAAACGGGGUGCAUUGGAGUUCGUGGGAACAAAAAUAUUUGUAGGGAAUGGAAUUGCUGAAUUAAGUCGCAAUGAAAUAUUUUGCUCAAACUGCCCUUUAAGGGGUGUGGGAAUUAGAAUGACAGAGCCAGUUUACAUCAGCCCAUCAUUUGACAACAUCUUAUCUAGUUUUGUGUUUUUACAGAACUUGCCAUCUGUGGUAGUGAGUCACGUGUUGGAUCCUAAACCUGGAGAGCGAAUCUUGGAUAUUUGUGCUGCUCCUGGUGGAAAGACUACUCAUAUUGCAGCAUUAAUGAAUGAUAAGGGGGAAGUAAUAGCAAUGGAUAAAAUUGCAAAUAAGGUGAAGAAGAUAAAGCAGAAUGCUGAGAAUUUACAACUGACAUGUAUUAAAGUGUUUUGUUAUGAUGGAACAAAAGCACUGGCGAAGGAAGGCAUUUGGGAUGGGCAAGCAGGACCUCCAUUUCCACCGGAAUCUUUUGAUCGUGUUCUUCUGGAUGCGCCUUGUAGUGGAUUAGGUCAGAGACCAAACAUGGCCUGUGAUUGGAGCUUAAGGGAAAUCACUUCCUAUCCGCCAUUACAGCGAAAGUUAUUUAGAGUGGCAGUGAACUUACUAAAACCUGGAGGCAUUUUGGUGUAUAGUACUUGUACAAUAACAUUGGCAGAAAAUGAAGAACAAGUUGCCUGGGCACUCGAUUCUUUUCCUUGUUUAAGCCUACAGUCACAGGUAUGA